CAGGCAUUUUCAUCUUUACUACGAGUAAUCGCGUUAGAUCCCGAGUUGAUUGAAUUUCUAAAAAUAGGAAAGAAAAACCACCGACGCGGGGGAAGAGAUUAUUAGUCUCCAUCUUCAGCUCCCAGCUUCAGAUCUCAUUAAUCAACUCCACUCUCACAUUCCUACACAACACAAAAUCCACAUUACCAAUUAUUCCACACGUUUAAUUGAACUCAAUCUUCAUUCCCAAUUGUAUAUGUAGUUAUACAGAUUCAGAGCAGAACAGCUUUGUGCUUUCACAUUAGCAUUUAGAUCCGUGGUAGAGAUCUGAAAAAAUGGCGGUAGCAGUCCGGGGAGGCCGUGGCGGCGGAUCGGCACUUCGGAAUUUCUUCUCAUACCGAAUCUUCGUGUCCGCUAUGUUUACUUUACUGUUUCUCGCCACUCUCUCUGUCCUCUUCUCCUCUCACCACGAUUCUACUACUGGGAAUGCAUACAUGCAUCGGUCAUUUGUGGCAUUGAGUUCAGAUCCAUUGAAGACUAGGUUAGAUUUAAUACAUAAACAAGCAAAUGAUCAUAUAGCACUUGUGAAUGCCUAUGCUGCUUAUGCAAGGAAGCUGAAGCUGGACAUUUCUAAGCAGCUUAAGAUGUUUGAAGAUUUGGCCCAGAAUUUUUCCGAUCUUCAAUCAAAGCCAAAUUACCGUGCAAAUCUUUUUGAUACUGAUGGACCCCUGGAUGAUGACUCUUUGAAACAGUUUGAGAAGGAAGUUAAGGAUAAGGUCAAGUUUGCCAGGUUAUUGAUUGCUGACUCAAAAGAGUCUUAUGAUAAUCAAUUGAAAAUACAGAAGCUGAAGGACACAAUAUUUGCUGUUAAUGAGUUGUUUGUGAAGGCAAAGAAGAAUGGAGCUUUUGCCAGCUUAAUUGCUGCUAAAUCAACUCCAAAGAGUUUACAUUGUCUUGCUAUGCGGCUUAUGGAGGAGAGAAUCUCACAUCCUGAAAAAUAUAGGGAUGAGGAUCCGGAGCCUGAAUUUGAGGAUCCUACUCUGUAUCACUAUGCCAUAUUUUCAGAUAAUGUAAUUGCAGUAUCCGUAGUUGUGAAUUCAGCGAUAAAGAAUGCGGAGGAGCCAUGGAAACACGUUUUCCAUGUUGUUACUGACAAGAUGAAUCUAGCUGCAAUGAAGGUGUGGUUUAAGAUGAGGCCUAUUCGGCAAGCUCACAUAGAAAUCAAAUCUGUGGAGGAUUUUACAUUCUUAACUUCGUCCUAUGUUCCAGUGCUCAAGCAACUUGAGUCCACAAAGCUUCAGAACUUUUACUUCCAAAACAGUGCAGAGAAUGCUACGAAGGAUGUGAACAACAUGAAAUUUAAGAAUCCAAAGUACUUGUCGAUGUUAAAUCACUUAAGAUUUUAUUUGCCGGAGAUGUAUCCAAAACUUCACCGUAUUUUGUUUCUGGAUGAUGAUGUUGUGGUUCAGAAGGAUUUGACUGCAUUGUGGACAAUUGAUUUGGAUGGCAAGGUCAAUGGGGCAGUUGAGACCUGCUUUGGAUCUUUUCAUCGCUAUGCUCAGUAUUUGAAUUUUUCUCACCCUCUUGUUAGGGAAAAGUUCACCCCUAAGGCAUGUGCCUGGGCAUUUGGAAUGAAUAUAUUUGAUCUUGAUGCCUGGAGGCGUGAACAAUGCACUGAGCAGUAUCACUACUGGCAGAAUUUGAAUGAGGAUCGGACGUUGUGGAAAUUGGGAACUCUUCCAGCUGGGCUGAUGACCUUCUACUCGAAAACCAAAUCAUUGGAUAAAUCGUGGCAUGUACUUGGCCUUGGGUACAAUCCAAGUGUAAGCAUGGAUGAAAUCCACAAGGCUGCUGUGAUUCACUAUAAUGGAGAUAUGAAGCCUUGGCUGGACAUAGCCUUGAACCAGUACAAGGAGCUAUGGACUAAAUAUAUUGAUUCUGAAAUGGAAUUUGUGCAGAUGUGCAAUUUUGGCGUGUAGAGAAGCACACUGUUACGCCUCAGCAACAAUGAGGUAACAGCAACUAAAUCACACUCAUUGUUCAUCUGAAUACUUGAAAAAAUAUUUUCUUCCAGAGCGAAGCUCAGGCUGUUGAUCCUGUCUACAGUGUUUCCCAAAUUUGUUGUCUUGUUAGUUAUUGUAACUUUAAAAAGUUGAAAUUAAACGCUCUGCUUGUGUAGACAGUGAAGUAAUUCUUUUGUAAUGGAUUUUUAGCACGGACGAUGGGUUUGGCGACUAAUUAAGAGAUUCCUGAUACCAUUAAUGCACUUGUAUAAAACUGUUACCAGUUUCCUUUUACUGGCUCAAGUAUGCUAUGAAGACAGCAAUAAAUGAGUUGCUUUUGACAAGUGGAUUGCAAAUGGGAAGCUGGGAUAGGAUUGCAGCUCUUAUUUCUUAGACUCAACGACCAAAAUGUUCUUAAUUUCUCAAGUACUUCGAAACAGUGUAUAUUUACGAGUUAUGCAGGUUGGGCAAUAGAUAAAUGAGCUAGCUUUACGUUACCUUUUUAUCCUUUUUCUUUUUUCUAUAAUGCAUCUAAUAAGAGAGUAAUGGCACUAUUAGCUCU